CGGCCCCGGGCGCUGCGCGGGCGGUGUGGCCGCAGCGCUCCCGCCGCCGCUCCCGGCUCGGCCCGGCCUCCCUUUCCCCCGGCACCGCCUCAUGCAGCGUCGCGACGACCCGACCGGCCGCUUGUCGCGAGGGCAGGGCCCCGGAGGCCGCGCGCCGCCGCCGCCGCCGCCGCCGCCGCCGCGCCGGCCGCCCCGUGGCGGAGGAAGCCGCGGAGCCGUCUGCGGGGCGCAGCCGCCGCCGCCCGGUGUGGGCCCGAGCGCUGUGAUCUCAGGGAGCCCCGCCGCUUCGGUGCAGAUGGUUGGAGGCAAGAUGGAGCCUGAGAAUAAAUACCUGCCCGAGUUGAUGGCCGAGAAGGAUAGUCUGGACCCGUCCUUCACGCACGCCAUGCAGCUGCUCACCGCAGAAAUUGAAAAAAUCCAGAAGGGUGAGCCAACAAAGAAGGAUGAGGAAGAAAAUUACCUGGAUUUAUUUUCUCACAAGAACAUGAAGCUGAAAGAACGAGUUCUGAUCCCUGUCAAACAAUACCCCAAGUUCAACUUUGUUGGGAAGAUUUUGGGACCCCAAGGAAACACCAUUAAGAGACUCCAGGAAGAAACUGGUGCCAAAAUUUCUGUUCUGGGGAAAGGUUCCAUGAGAGAUAAAGCCAAGGAGGAGGAGCUGCGCAAAGGGGGGGACCCCAAGUACGCUCACCUGAACAUGGAGCUGCACGUGUUCAUCGAGGUGUUUGGGCCCCCCUGCGAGGCCUACGGGCUCAUGGCCCACGCCAUGGAGGAGGUCAAGAAAUUCCUGGUCCCUGAUAUGAUGGAUGAUAUCUGCCAGGAGCAGUUUUUGGAGCUCUCUUAUCUCAACGGGGUCCCAGAGCCCAACCGUGGCCGAGGGGUCCCCGGGCGGGGCCGGGGGGCAGCUCCCCCUCCACCUGUGCCAAGGGGCCGUGGGGUCGUUCCCCCUCCUCCCCCCCGGGGUGCCCUGGUCAGGGGAGCCCCCGUGCGGGGGGCCCUGGCCCGGGGGGCCGCCCUGGCCCGGGGGGUGCCCCCUCCCCCCCCUCCCCCCACGGUCAGAGGGGCUCCUGCCCCCCGGGCACGGGCAGCUGGAAUGCAGAGGAUCCCCCUGCCCCCGCCCCCUGUGCCGGAGAGCUACGAGGAAUAUGGCUACGAUGACACCUAUGCAGAGCAGAGCUAUGAGGGCUAUGAGGGCUACUACAGCCAGGGCCAGGGGGAUACAGAAUAUUAUGAUUAUGGACAUGGGGAGGCACAGGAAACUUAUGAAGGUUAUGGCCAAGAUGACUGGAAUGGAACCAGGCCCUCCCUGAAGGCUCCUACAGCCAGGCCAGUCAAGGGGGGCUACAGAGAGCACCCCUAUGGACGCUACUAAACCCCAAAA